GGUAGUAAUGUAGUAUAUAUGGCUAUGUAUUUGUAAUACUAUUCUUCUACCUCAACUUAGUUAAUUUCAUCAAUUUCUCUCACAUUUUUUCAACUUCUCAAUUAAGGAGCUUUCAAGAAAAUGUCGAGCUCCAAAAACUCUCACUAUGUUUACAAAUGUCUUAUUUUUGUCUACUUUGCUAUGUCCUUCCUCCCAUCAUCAGAGGCAGCUGUGAAGAAGUACCAGUUUGAUAUUCAAGUGAAGAAUGUAAGCAGGUUAUGCCAUGCUAAGCCUAUAGUGACCGUGAAUGGGAUGUUUCCAGGACCAACUAUUUACGCUAGAGAAGGGGAUAGAGUUGUGGUUAAGGUUACUAACCAUGCACAAUAUAACAUGUCUAUCCACUGGCAUGGAAUAAAACAAUAUCGAAAUGGUUGGGCAGAUGGACCAGCAUACAUAACACAAUGUCCAAUUCAAACGGGGAAUACUUAUACUUAUGACUUCAACGUUACGGGACAAAGAGGAACUUUAUGGUGGCAUGCACAUAUUUCAUGGCUAAGGGCAACAGUUUAUGGUGCCAUUGUUAUCAUGCCUAAAGAAGGAACUUCAUUUCCAUUUCCUCAACCUCACAUGGAAGCCAACCUUGUCUUAGGGGAAUGGUGGAACGGCGAUGUUGAGACGCUUGUCAAACAAGGUGAUCAAAUGGGUUUGCCACCAAACAUUUCAGAUGCUCACACUAUCAAUGGAAAACCAGGACCCAUGUUCCCUUGCUCGGAGAAGCACACUUAUGCCUUGGAGGUUGAACAAGGAAAGACAUACCUCCUCCGAAUCAUCAACGCCGCCCUCAACGACGAGCUCUUCUUCUCAAUCGCAAACCACUCCAUGACCGUAGUCGAAAUAGACGCCGUCUACGUCAAACCAUUCACAACCAACUCCAUCCUCAUAGCCCCGGGCCAAACCACAAACGUCUUAGUCAAAGCAGACCGAACCCCAAACCGUUAUUUCAUAGCCACACGAACCUUCAUGGACGUACCCAUCCCAGUAGACAACAAGACUGCAACGGCAAUCUUCCAAUAUAGAGGCGUCCCAAACACCGUCAGUCCAUCUUUUCCUCGAAAUCUUCCUCAAUCAAACGAUACCAAAUCCGCUUUAUCCUACAACAGGAAACUGAAAAGCUUAAACACAGUUCAGUUUCCUGCCAAUGUACCUUUAAAAGUUGACAGGAACCUGUUUUUUACAAUCGGGUUAGGGGCAAACCCGUGCCCGACUUGUCUAAACGGUACCCGUUUUGCAGCCUCGUUGAACAACAUUACAUUUGUCAUGCCAAAAACAGCACUCUUACAAGCACACCAUUUCAACAUUCCUGGUGUUUUUAAGACUGAUUUCCCGGAUAAGCCUCUAAACCCGUUUAACUAUACCGGGGCCCCGUUGACCGCUAACCUUAAGACGGUCCGGUCAACGAUCCCGAGGCUUAGUAAGAUUGGGUUUAACUCCACGGUUGAGCUUGUUUUGCAGGACACUAAUUUGCUUUCUGUGGAGUCUCAUCCUUUUCAUCUUCAUGGGUAUAACUUUUUUGUGGUUGGUACUGGGGUUGGUAACUUUGACCCGGCUAAGGACCCGGCUAAGUUUAACUUGGUUGACCCACCCGAAAGAAAUACUGUUGGAGUUCCUACCGGAGGUUGGACUGCUAUCAGAUUCAGAGCCGACAACCCAGGAGUAUGGUUCAUGCAUUGUCAUUUGGAGCUUCAUACGGGUUGGGGAUUAAAGAUAGCGUUUGUGGUUGAAGAUGGACCCGGACCGGAAUACUCUGUAUUGCCUCCACCUAAGGAUCUCCCACCUUGUUAACUCUCAAGUCUCAAAUGAGGGAUAAUUGAACUUUGAGAGAAUAUGAGAACUCUGUCCAGUCAAUCUCCGUUGAUUGGCAAGCAAAGCAUAUCAAUGGACAUUUUCUUAAAUAAAUUGUCAAAAUAUAUUUGUCAAAAUAUCAAAUUUACAAUGUGUAUUUUUUGAGAAAGUUAAUUUUUUAUUUUUAAAAAAUAUCAAUUAGAUUGUACAUGCGAUUUUUAGAUGUUUUCAUUAUAUUUACGAUAAUGCCCACUUGAUUGGUAUAUUUCGCCAAUCAAGGAUAUUAUUUAGAAAUUUCUCAAAAUGAACCAUGUCCAGUCAAUCUCGCUAAUUGGCGAGCAAAACAUAUCAAUGGACAUUUUCGUAAAUAAAUUGUCAAAAAAUAUUUGUCUGAUUAUCAAAUA